AUGGAUUGCUCCUUGUGGCCUCGAUAUGCCGCAGCAGCUGCCUACAAUCCAGCAGGAACCACUGUACCGAAUCCAACUGCUGGUGCCGCAAGUGCUGCUGCCGCUGCCGCCGCUGCUGCUGCUUUUUAUACUCAACCAUUUACCAGUCACACAGGCGUCAAUCAACUCGGAGGAGUUUUUGUUAAUGGACGGCCUCUACCGGAUCAUAUCCGGAAUCGAAUUGUUGAAUUAGCACAUCAAGGUGUUCGCCCCUGCGACAUCUCACGGCAAUUACGGGUAUCACACGGGUGUGUAUCGAAGAUACUUGGCCGUUACUAUGAGACUGGAUCCAUUCGACCAGGUGUUAUUGGCGGGUCAAAGCCGAAAGUAGCCACACCAAAAGUUGUUCAAACAAUUGCCGCUUAUAAAAGAGCUAAUCCGACAAUGUUUGCCUGGGAAAUUAGAGAAAAAUUGUUAGAGGAACGAGUGUGUGAUUCAGAAAAUGUGCCAAGCGUAUCUUCAAUUAAUCGGAUCGUUCGGAAUAAAUCAUCCAUGGAUCGCUUAUCAGAAAGAACCCUUCAGCAAACAGCUUUUUUAGCACCGACAACUCCCUAUUCUAUCAAUGAGCUCCUAGGUUUCGAACAGCCUUCUAAAAGCAGCGUGGACAAUUCCCAAACAUCGCAGCAGUUAGCAACAAAUUUUAAAACGACGAAUAAAAAUGCAUUUGGUUCACGUCUUCACGUUUCUCUAGAAAAAGGCUGGGAAGGAACAGGUCCUACAGUAAUCACAUCAUCAAAUACAAAUUCUCAAACAUAUUUUGACGGAUUUCUCGGUGAUCACUGGGCUGAUUCGACACGAAAUCCUGAAUGCAUGCUACCAGGCAGCAUUAACCUCAAUAUAAACUCGAACAACAGCCGGAGUAAUGCUAACAUCAGCAUGCCAUCUGCUACAUCAAUGCGAACAUCUUCGUAUGUAUUUUAUUCAUCCACAACCGCCGCUGGUUCGUAUUAA